CUGAUUUGUCCCUUGAACAUUUUCUACAAAUCAAGCCGUUACCGGUUUAUAUCAGUCACCAGAAACAUUGUAUUUUCACCUCUUUACAAAGUCGUGAUGCUCGAUUUCUUUAUGGCUGAUCAACUUUGCAGCCAGGUACCUAUGCUAAGGAACCUGGAAUACAUAGUCUGCUACUAUAUAACCGGUAGCUACACAACACAGGACUAUGGAUAUUGUAUGAGAGUCGAGUACUACAGAGAUCUUGCCUAUGCAGUUUCCUUCCUCCCAUACUACUGGAGAGCAAUGCAGUGUGCAAGGAGGUGGUUUGACGAAGGCGAGACAAGCCACUUAGUGAACCUAGGGAAGUAUGUAUCAGCGAUGUUAGCGGCUGGAACCAAAUUGGCUUACGAGAAAGAGAGGAGCAUUGGUUGGCUCUGCCUUGUGGUGGCUAUGUCAAGUAUAGCCACCGUUUACCAAUUGUAUUGGGACUUUGUAAAGGAUUGGGGUUUAUUCCAACAUAAUUCCAACAACCCUUGGCUUAGGAACCAACUCAUGCUUCGCCAAAAAUCUAUUUACUACUUCUCUAUGGUUUUAAAUCUUGUUCUAAGGCUGGCAUGGCUACAAACAGUUGUGCACUCAAGUUUUGAGCAUGUGGAUUAUAGAGUGACAGGAUUGUUCUUGGCUGCUCUUGAAGUCAUCAGGAGAGGACACUGGAACUUUUACCGAUUGGAGAAUGAGCAUCUAAAUAAUGCGGGGAAGUUUCGAGCUGUAAAGACAGUGCCACUUCCUUUCAGAGAAGUUGAUGAAGAGGACUGAUAUAAUGGAGUCAAUAACCAUUAAUUACUAUUAGCUUUGUCAGAGAUUUGAAAGAACAAGAGAAGAAAGAAUGUUCUUUCUUGAUCAACCAUAUUUUGUGAUCUGAUCAAAGAGUCUAUU